CAAAGAAGUUGCAGGUCUAAAUAGUUUAGAUUAACUUAAAAAUUGUUCGUUUUUGUUCAAUUAAGUAAGUUGGUAAACGUCUGGUGUAAAUGCCAUCUUUCAUUGUAAAUCAGUAAGUACCUUCGCAUUUUGGAACAGUAUCCUCUUGAUACAAGCAAAAUAUACUACAGAGGAGGUCUUUUAGUUGACAUUUUCAAUUAAUUAAGCCAUAUCUUGUGGUACUUUAAGGAAUUUUUGCUGCUUCAUAAAACACAACUUGGGGUUCUCAGAAGACAGUCGUGAAAACAAACUUCAAAUUGGGACUUUUGAAAAAAAGACUAUGAGAAUUGGUGUGCAGGGUUGUUGCCAUGGGAUCUUGGAUAAUUUGUAUUCAUUGGCUAGCAAGCAUAAUGUGGAACUUUUAAUUAUAGGUGGAGACUUUCAAGCUCUUCGAAACUUAUCGGACUUUCAUGGUAUAUCUGUUCCCCAAAAAUUCAAGCGCCUAGGUGAUUUUCAUAAGUAUUAUUCGCAGGAGAAAGUCGCUCCCAUAUUGACAAUAUUUGUCGGUGGUAAUCAUGAAGCUAGUAAUUACCUCGAAGAGCUUCCUUAUGGAGGAUGGAUUGCUCCCAAUAUCUAUUAUAUGGGAAGAUCGUCUGUUAUUUGUAUUGGAAAUUUACGAAUCGCCGGCAUCAGUGGGAUCUACAGUGAAUUUGAUUAUAGAAAAGGACGAUACGAGCGUUUGCCCUAUGAAUAUAAGAUGCUGAAAAGUGUUUAUCACACCAGAGAGUUUGACGUGCUUUCUUUAAAAUCUCUUCGUCUGCCAAUUGAUAUUUUUCUUUCACACGACUGGCCCCGUGGAAUCGAGCAGCACGGUGAUACAGCUAAGUUAUUAAAGAACAAGCCUUUCUUUCGUAAAGAAGUCGAAAAGAAUGAUCUAGGAUCUCCAGCAUUAGAAGAGAUUAUCAACUCUGUAAAGCCACGAUAUUGGUUUGCAGCUCAUCUACACACUCGUUUUGCUGCUACCGUCCAUCACAAUAAGAUAAACCCUUCUGACUACAGAAAUGUUUUUGAGCAAGGGGGCUCCCAGUCUUCAGAUGAACAACAGGAAAAUUCAAAGAAGGCUCGUACUGAGGUAGACACUGUACCUAAUCCUAAACCUUCACUGGAAAACGGUGAUCAUAAUGAUGAUGCUAGCCAAACCCCAUCAACAUUGACUACGCAUUUUUUAGCUUUAGACAAGUGUCUUCCAAGACGAUCCUACUUUGAAGUCAUCGAAGUCGAACCUUCAAAGCCCUUUCAGGAUGGCGACCUUUACAUGAAGUAUGAUCCUGAAUGGCUAAGCAUUAUCCGUGCAAUGCAACCAUUUCAAUCAAAUUCAGUGGAGCAAACCCCUUUACCAUCUCUGGAUGAACUACAAAAACUUAUCGACAAAGAGAGGCAGUGGGUUGAAGAAAAUAUCGUUCAAAAGCAUAAGUUAGGCAUCCUUCGAAACUUCACUCCUACAGCUCCUUUUCACUCACGUGAAAUUACUGACAAAAUGAUCCCCGUAACCUCUGUAAACCCUCAGACUACUUCGUUCUUACAGUUAAUCGGAUUGCAACCUGAGGGCAAUGAACCUUCACUCUCUUCGUCCGUCAAAAAUGAAGACGAAAUUGAGCUCUGAUCCAUAUAGGCAUUUUGAAUAACAUAAUUACCGGUUUUAGUUUCAGUUGGCUCGUUGUAGCUAGUUGAUACAGUCGAUCUCCUAUAGGAUGGAGGAAAUGAAUGGAAAUAGAAUAAUAUUAACUGGGAUUACAAUGAGUCGGGGAGGUUAACCAGAAAUGCUUCCAGUGAGCAUAUAGCUAUUUGAAUAAUGGAGCUUCUCUAUACCCUCUCACUCAGAAAUACGCGUGUUUCUACAAUCGUUGAGGAUACUGGUUUUCAUUCAAGCAGUCAAAUUUUCGAACACAUGUUCGUCAAUUUGAAUUUUAUCUACUUAUAUAACUCUUAAAAGUAGUACUAGUAGAACUGAAAUAUGGAUGCGAUUAUUUGUGUACCAAAGAUUCGGACGCGUAUAUCCUUGCCAAG